UGCUCUGUUUUCACUUUUGAAUACAAAACCCCUUUUUCCCCUGUUUCCUUUUUAGUUAAAACAACUCCAUCUCCCCUGUCUAUUGUGUUUACGCGCUGAGUCGCCAUAACCGAGUUGAGCUGUUGAUUUUCGACACUGCUAGUCGAAUCUUUUGCUGGGUUUAUGUUGAAUGAUGAGUUCUGUUUUGUUUACUACAGAGUUUGUUUUUUUUAGUGUGCUACUAGUUCGAGUCUUGCUUUUCUGUAGUUUCGUUUUUGCCGAUUUGUUUUGGUUGUUAUGAGUUCUGAAUCGUGAGUUGUUUGAGUCGAUGGUAACGGAGUACUGGGUCUGUUUUCUUAAACUGAGUCGUAGUAGUAGUAGUUUUCGAGUCGGUUUGCUGAGUCUAAAUCAAGUUUCCCGAGUCUGUUUUUACUCUGUUUAGUUGAGUCGCUGCACUGAGUUCAGUUGAGUCCAGUAAAUCGAGUCAUAGCUUUUGCUGGGUUUGGUUGGCUGUGCUGAGUUCCGAGUCGUUUCUCCGAGUUUCUUCGUUUUUGUUGCUUCAUUUGUUUAGCUUCGUUUUUGUUGCUUCAUUUGUUUUCUGGGUUUGAUUUCUGUUGGUCGAAGUUUAGCAGUACUGAGUUCGCAGCUGGUGUCUUUUGUUUGAAUUCGUUUAUACUGAGUCAAGUCAAUUGGGUCGGUUUGUGUCGAGCUGUAGUUUCCUGUGGCUGAGUUUAUGAUUCUGAGUCGCUAGCUGAGUUUCUUGUUUUGCUGAGUUGCGUUACCGAGUUUUGAGUUUUAGUCUGAGUUUGCAUUACUGUUAUUAGAAUCUGCUGUUUUUCUGCCGAGUGAGCUCUGUUUUAUAACCGAGUCUGCCAUGGCUUAGUUGUCUGUACGAGUAGCACAUAAAGUUCCGAGUUGGUUUUGAUUUUUCUGAUGCUGUUUAAUGUUCUGAGUUUGCAGCCUCUGUUUCUGAGCUGUUGAGGUUGUUUUAGAUUUCAAUUGCUCUGUGUUCGAAUUUUUAAAUCUGUUAAUCUUGAAUUGGGUAUUGUUUUUUGUCUGCAAGAUUGAAUUUUUAUUGGUUUUUUUUUUUUGUUUUAGAUGAAUUAAGGACUUGGGUUGCUGUAGAAUUGGCAUGUAUUUGCAAGAUUGGAUUUUUAGUUGAUUAUCUGUUUUGUGGAUGAAUCAAAAACUUGUGUUUCUUGAAAUCUUGCAUUGGUUAUUGUUAUUUUUGUGCAAGAUUGAAUUUUUAUUUGAUUAUUUGUUUUUGUAGAUGAAUUUAGGACUUGGGUUGCUGUAGAAUUGGCAUAUAUUUGCAAGGUUGGAUUUUUAAUUGAUCAUGUGUUUAAUAGAUGAAUCAAGAACUUGUUUUAUUUUUUGAAAUUGGGGAAGUUGGUUUGAUAGAAAGAAUGAAAAUCAAACUUUGUUGUGAUUUAUCUGAAAGAUUGGAUUUUGAGUUUUACAGGUAAUAAGGAAGUUGUGUUGAUAUGAUUUUGGGUUCAGUGAUUUGUAAUAUAUAUGCAAGAUUAAAAGUUACGGGGUUUAUAUGGUUAAAUAGUUACAGUGAAAGAACACGUGUAGUCUUUAUGAUGUUUUGGUUUAAAUUUUAAUUUUUGCUUUUCAGCUAAUUGAACGUCAGUUAAAGAUAUGGUUUUGUAGAGCUUCUAUAUGACUAUGGUAUGGGAUGUUUAGUCUGUGUUAUUGAGUGCAGGUAACAGCUACUUCUGGAAAUAGCUAUCACUAUGCAGAGAAUGUGCAGUCUGGUCAGUUUAGUUUUCAGGCAGUAGAAGCUGGGGACUACAUGGCUUGUUUCUGGGCGCUUGAUCAUAAACCACCAACAACGAUGACGGUUGAUUUUGAUUGGAAGUCAGGUGUGGCUGCAAAGGAUUGGUCUAAUGUUGCCAAGAAAGGCUCUAUAGAUGCCAUGGAAAUAGAGGUGAAGAAAUUGUACGAAACCGUUACGUCCAUUCAUGAGGAGAUGUCUUAUCUUCGUGAAAGGGAAGAAGAGAUGCAAGAUCUUAAUAACGCCACAAACUCCAAAAUGGGAUGGCUCAGCUUGUUGUCCCUUUUGAUUUGUUUAUCAGUUUCGGGUUUGCAAUUGUGGCAUUUGAAGUCAUUUUUCGAGAAGAAGAAGCUUAUUUAACUAGAUUUAGUAAUGCCUUAUAACGGACACGGGUUAGAGAUUUUUCAAACAAAAGUUGGUAGUUUAAACUCUUAUAGAAUGAGAACUUUUUUUGCGGAUUUAUUGGUUUAUUAAAUCGUUGUGAACUUCUCUAA